AUGAACGUUGCUGAAAUAGGUGAACUAAAAAAGUAAUUUAAUAUAAUAUAUUACUUUAGAUAAUUGACAAAGGCAUUAACAGAAAAUGCUCAUUUGAUGUAGAAAAAUCAAUUGCUAGAAUUAAAAUUAAAAGAAACAGAAGAACGUAAUUGCAAUAUACAAAAAAUGAAUGGAACUAUUAUGCAUGUUCUCAAUGAUUUAAAUGUUUAAAAUAAUAGACCAUCAACUGAAAUUUUAAAAUAGUAAGAUUAAUUCAAUGUGAAAUUAAUGUAAUAUCAAAAGAGAAUUGAAACUUAUGAAUCAUAAAUAAAGAAUUUAUAGACUCAAUUAUAAGAAGCAUUGAUAUCUAAGAAUGAAUAAAAUCAAAGAAUAACACAAUUAUAAGAGCAUGAUUCUUAAUUACUUAAGUAAAUAGGAGCAUUAGAAUCAUCUGUAAAAACACUGACUGGAUAAUUGUAGUUAUAGAGUAAAUAAACUUAAGAAUUCUCCUAAUAAUUGGAAGAUCUUGAAUUUGAGAGUCAGAAAGUUAAAUUUUCAUAGAAUGUUAAGAUUGAAGAAUUAAAUGAGGAGAAUAUGAAAUUAAAAGAAGAAUUGAAAUCUUUGAUGGGAUAAUAUUUAAGAAAGACUUCUUCAUCUAUGUAAACUAGUGUACCAGCUUCACCUUAAAAUGUUAGAUUAUAACCCCAACAACCUCCUUAAACAAGUACAACUCCAAUUAGUAAGAAGCAAACCCCAAAAAAAAGAACAACAACUCUCUCUUAAUGGAGAAAAUGA